ACCACCAAAUUACACGAUUACUAAGAACAAGGCCCAAAGUACUUUCAAAUCUUAAAGACAUAUUACUACUUUGGUAAUCUAUUUAAUAUAAUUCUAUUCAUAGAUCAUUAUAAACAGUCAAAGGGAAACUAAAAUAAUCAGGAAUCAGAUUAAUAAAAAAUCGAAGAAAAAUUAUCGUCUUCCGUUACUAGUACUACUACUAAUUUUAAUUUCCGGGAAGGAAGCGCUGUUUGAUUACAGACAUGGCGGAAACGGUCACUGCUCUGAGGUCGUUAAUGUCCUCUCACUCUCCUCCUCUUCAUGCUUUGAUUGUUCCUUCCGAAGAUUAUCAUCAGAGCGAAUAUGUAUCAGCACGGGACAAAAGGCGAGCAUUUGUCUCUGGAUUCACGGGAAGUGCUGGUUUGGCGCUUAUAACUAUGAAUGAAGCACUUCUGUGGACCGAUGCCAGGUACUUCUUACAGGCAGCUCAGCAGCUUAGUGAUGAGUGGAAACUCAUGCGUAUGGGAGAAGACCCUUCUGUUGAUAUAUGGAUGACCGAUAAUCUACCAAAGGAUGCAGCCAUUGGUGCUGAUACUUGGUGUGUGUCAGUAGAUACUGCACAGAAAUGGGAGCGUGCUUUUGCUAAGAAACAACAAAAGUUGGUUCAAACGACUAGAAACUUGGUUGAUGAAGUUUGGACAAAUCGACCACCUGCUGAAACAAAUCCUGUAACUGUGCAUCCGUUGCAAUUUGCUGGUCGGUCUGUUGCAGAUAAGUUGAAAGAAUUGAGGAAAAAUCUUGUACAGGGAAAGGCUCGUGCCAUGAUUGUAACAGCACUUGAUGAAGUUGCGUGGUUAUAUAAUGUCCGAGGCAGUGAUGUAUCUUAUUGCCCAGUUGUUCAUGCAUUUGCGAUUGUGACUAUAGAUUCAGCCUUCUUAUAUGUGGAUAAGCAAAAAUUGUCUCCUGAG